CCGGUUUAUAAACACGAUAUUUCAUCUGCCCUGUACACACUGACCAAUCAUUACAGUCGAAAUCAAACCGGUUGCGUUUGAUUUGGCCGACUGAGCCUGAUCCCAACGAAUGGGGUCUUGGAUAGGCGUGUUUGUAAUAUGGAGGAGUUCGGUUGCGCUGCAGCGUAGCUGAUCAACUUUUACUACUAAAGACGAAGGGGUUUUUUUUUUUGAAUUUUUUUGUUUUGUUUUGAAACGCUUCUCAUUGACGAAGCUUGUUUACGCUGACCUGCUACAGACACAAACCAGCAAAGACAACACACUGUUGUUGAGUGAAUCGCGGAUAUUUUCACGCCGGGUUGCCAGUAUACAUUCCAGAAGUGUUAGUGUAAUCCGGGGCGGAAAGCUAGCCAGCUAGCUUGCUUGUUAGCAUGCUGCUAGGCUAGCUACCCAGGCGAAGAUAUUUUUUUGUUUGUUUUUUUUUAGGGGGGAUCUUACUCCACCUGCCGCUCCUACUUUCGUUGACUAGAAAGGACUCCCAGGUACCUUAAAUAAUGACAAAUGGUCUGAGACCAGAAAAAUGAAGUCGAAAGAUGCAUUUAAAAAAAGCAGGUCUGAGUUCGAAGGAAAGUAAUAGAGGAAGGCCAAAAAAACAGGUUCAAAUGCUGUACAGAUGCGUGAGUAAAAACGCAGGUGUGAAGGAACAAAGACACAGGAGUAGGAUAAAGCGACUGAAAGAUGGAAGGUUGCAUGAUUAAAAAGGUCGGAGGAAAGGAAGCCACAAAGGAAGGAUGGAGGGCAGAAAGCAAAAGAUCGCUAAAUACAACCCAACUUAUCCCAGUUUGCAUGCUGAUGGUGGGAAGUGAUGGACUGUUGCACUAGAAUGAGUGUGAAGGAGCUGUGUGAGACUGAUGACCUGGCCACCAGUCUGGUGCUGGAUCCUCUCCUGGGCUUCAGCACCCAUAAAAUGAACAUCAGCCCUCAACCCGAGGUGCGUCGCUGGGGCAACCUGAAGGAGACUCUGCUACGCUUCCAACGCACGCAUGACUUCAAUGCUACCUUUGAAGCGCUGACGGUGGGCGAGCUGGCUGGUGACUACUUCAACGCUUUAGGGAGCCACCGGCAGGAGCUACUGAGGCAGCAUGUGUACCGCUACCUCAGUGCCUUCUUACUGGACAGCGGCGUCAAGAUUGAAUCGUGUGACCGCUACUCCUCCGAGACCAAUGGAGCCAAGAUUACCUCCACCAGACACUGGUUCGCAGGGGAGCGCGUGGAGGUCCUUCUGGGCUGCAUCGCUGAGCUGAGUCCGGCCAACAGUGCCGUGCUGCGGGCUGGUGUAAACGACUUCAGCGUCAUGUACUCCACGCGCAAACGCUGUGCUCAGCUCUGGCUCGGACCAGCCGCCUUCAUCAACCACGACUGCAAACCAAACUGCAAGUUUGUCCCCGGUGAGAAGAAUGGUGCUUGUGUUGAGGUGAUUCGACCUAUCUCGCCCGGGGAGGAGAUCACAUGCUACUACGGAGCUAGCUUCUUCGGGGAAGGCAAUGAAAUGUGCGAGUGCUGCACCUGCGAGAGGAAAGGGGAAGGUCAUUUUAAACACAGAGGGAAGCAGCCGGAAUGUGAGGAAACAAAAGAACCCCUCGGCCAGAAGUACCGCCUACGGGAGCGCUACCUUCGCCACCAGCGAGAGAAGGGACACUUAAGUGCCAGACCCAUCAUCCCUGGAAUACAUUCAGCAAUCCCCUCUCGGAACUCCUUCACCCAUCAGAUGCGUAGGAAUGCCCUGAAGAACCGAAAGUGGAACCAGACAAAUAAGUGGAGGCUACAGAACCACAGACUCUCGAGACCCACUGAAGUUGGUCGAACGAGGAAAGAGCGACAGACACUGCCGCUCCCGUCACAGUGCGUGAUUCGAGAUCUGAGGAUCAGGGUGCGGCGCCACACACUGGACUUUCUCUUGGUCUGCAAAGAUCCCAAAAGCAAAGAAAGGGCCCUACUGCAGCAACUGGAGGUUGUGAAGCCCAAGACGACAUCCAACGUGAAGCGUUUCACUCUUGGUCCGCUGCGUAAGAACAGGGGAUGGAUAGACCAUGAUGGGAAGUCUGUCAGAGGAGUUCCCUUGAGGAGUUCAUCCAGAACCAGGAGCGCAGAGAGGGUCAACUCUGUGAAAACUGCCAUCACAAUAAAACAGGAAAGUACUGAGCAAGAAAACUCUGAGCCUGCUGUCUGUCAGAGUGUCCUGGCUUCUUGUAAGAAAGCUUCAGACAAUCCAGUACUAUCACUCAAGCAAUACCUGACUGUCCGCCUCACUAGAAUUUCAGCACCUUACAGAGACGCACCAGGACUGAUUGUUGACGACCGGGGCAUAAGGGAGGAACUGAGAGGAAAGAUGAGACAGAUUCAAGGCCUCAGGCCGCUGACCACACAGAAAUCCCAUCUGAGGCAGGGUCCACCACCACCAAUUGUGCCAGGUACUUGCACUGCUGAAGCUCCCCGAGGAGUGCGAGAAAUGUUCUUUAAGUCCAUCAAUAAGGGAACAGUAGAGAAGCAGCAGGACAUAAAUGGGAUGGUAAAUGACUCUUCCCAGCUUGAGGAAGGAGGGAAGAACAAGGUCAUUGAAAUCCAAACGGUGGCUGCAGAAGAAAUGGGACUAGAAAAAGUCAAACCCGAAGAGCACAAAGAGAAGAGAAAAGCUGUUGCUGCUGAAUGUAAUAUCGUGCCCAGUGCAAAAAUGAACAAACAGAAUAAUUCCCAGGGGGGUAAAGCUCCUAAUCCGUGCAAAGUUGUUUCAGAACCGCCAGCUCACACCCCAAGUAAACCACUACAGAAGCCAGGCAGUAAUAUAGUCAUAAAGCAGGCCAAGGUCCUCCUUUCCGAUAUUUUAAAGAAAGAUAAAGCCUUGGUAGAUGACCAACCACAGGGUGGUAACUGUCCCUCAUAUCUGAAGGAAGUUCAUUCUGCCAGAUGUGUGACAACGAGAGGGAAUGUUGGAGGGCGGCAAAAGAUCCACAGUCAAUUGAAGACAAAAGCUGAGCUUAAAUCAAAAAGCACAGACACCAGUUUAGUCAUCUCAUCACAAAAUCUGAUUAAGCUCGGCCACCCUGCAGCUGCCCACCUUGACCCAGUACCUCUUAAUGCACACAUUUCAGCGAACACAGAUCAGACCACUCAGCACCUUGACACCAUGCAAUCCAACAUACCUUUGAAGAAACGGACAUUCCGCCGUGCUCUAGAGCCUGAACCAUGCAUAAUUCCUACUGUUGUCACAGCCCGGAAAGAAGUUUCCGGAUUUUCCACACGGAAGGAACCAAGUUGUCAUUCAGAAAAGAAAAUCAAGCGAGACAGACAAAGCAAAGUGAUGCGAGCAAAAGUUCAGAGGUUGAGCUCGAGAAGGAUCACGAGGCAAAACUGUAUUAGCAGGGUUCUUCGGCCCAGAGUUACUGAAGCUCCUCAUAGUCAUUUGAGGAAAGUUCGCAAGUUUAAAUCUGAGAGGCAAGAUAUGGAUGAUAACCAAGAGGCUGUUGAGAUUGGUAUGAACCAUCAGAUGAAGGAUGAGAAAGACUCAAUGGUUAAAACGUCAGCCAUGGAACUCAGCGAUGUUGAGGAGACAAAGCCAGACCUUAACUUUAGGAUCCGUUUCAAACGCAGGAGAGGGAAAGUAUGGGAGAUGCAGAGCAACGGAUUAGGGUGUAUGAGUUUCAAAACAGAAAAGCGGGAGGAACUUGACAAUGAUCCCCUUAAGGCCAUCAUGGAUUCAGUGUCUGUGUUGAGCAUGGAGAUGCAGGCGGCUCAGGCUCAUGUGCAGGCCAGUAAGAAGUCCAAGAGUAGACUGCUUCGCUUGAAAAAACGGGGCGAGAGGAAAAAUGCAUCCACCAAGUCAGUGCUGGUCGUGGAAGACUGUAAAGGAAAACCAGAUGGCGGGAUUCCCUCUGGUACUAACCUGCCACCCAACAAGGUCCAGAGCCCAACGACAUCAUUUGCUCAAGAAACAAAAAUGGAAGAUCCGUUCACAAGAAGCUGUUGCCUCUUUGAAAGUCGGUCAGAGCAAAAAGUGGAUUUCAAUGGUAUUCCUCUGCCAAUCCUAAAACUGCGCAGAAAGGUGGAGGACAUUUGGGAGGUGGAUGACGAUGAUGAGGAGCAGAACCAUCCUGAAGUUAAAAUUGAGACACCGGUAAAGAGAGAGCUUCGAGGUCCUGAUUUAACCAAGCAAAUGCCAGCACUGCUGGACUUGAGCAAGGUCCGAGAAGAGGCCCCACCUGUAGGCCAGAAGUUGAACAGCAAUCCAUUGCUCCUGAAAAUUGAAGCGCCGCAGAUGUCUUUGUCACUGUCACCUCUUUCCUUGUCUUCCCCACUAAACGAAAACCAGGAAAGCAUGGCAGUAGCGAAUGAGAUCGCAGAGAGACAGGAAGUCAGCAGCGGAAGUAGCAGGAAGCAGCGACACAAGAUGUUGACCAAGUUUGGUCAUGUGGAGACACCCACGAGCUGCCUCAGUCAUUCACUCCAGCAGAUUGACAACAGCCUCUCCAGGCUUUCUGAGGGUCUGUGCUCUUCACAGAUUCUGGAGAAGACAGCUGCCCUGACCGGAAUUCCUAGUUCCAUCAUCCAGCCCCCGCCCCAGUCUCCUCCAUUCCCUAGUGCGGAAAACAUUCUACCGGGUGAGCCUAACUUUGCAAACUGCUGUGAUGAUAUCCUGGAUUUCCAGUGUCUCAACUUUGAGGGUUGCGAUCAGACACAGAACAUCCUCCCCUCAUCACCAUCUGAUCUGUGUUCAUUGGACCCCCCCACUGAUCCUUUCAGUAGCCCCCUCUCUCACAGCCCCUCCGACACAUGGACUACCGACACGCCCUACCUUGGCCCCCCAAGUCCUGAGACUAACUUUACCGGUGAUGAUCUCCAGUUCUUCCCCAGUCUACUCUCAUCCAAAAACGAGUCAGUUUCUCUGGACUGUGACCCAAAAAACAACUCUGGCAGAAUCCCGCCACAAGCCAGCUUGAGUUUUUCAGCGCUCACCAAUCCCGAAGUGCUGCCAAAGGAACGGUGUCUUGGGAAAAAUCCUGGAAUGAGGCUGUCCAGAGAGGAAUUUAAAAAUAAUUUUUCCUCUGUGAUGACCAAGCCUCGCCUAUUUGGUUCUUCUGCUGCCAUUUCUCAGAAUCCUCUUCCUUUAGUCCAUCCUGUCCUGAACGUCAAACCGAGCAGCAGCCAGUCAAAGGCCACAUCUAACCUCAAAACACACGGACCCUUCCACCGCAUGAGCAUUCCGAAACAACCUCAGUCUUUUCCUAACCCUCAGCCUAGCUUACAACGAGGCAUCAACCAGACAAAGCCUGUCCUUUCGUCUCCAAUUGCCAACAAGUUCCUUAAUCCUCAGGUCUUCGCUGGAAGAAAUCCAAACUCCCCUGACAAUCCUUUCAACUCCCAGGAAAAGUCCUCUUCUGUCAUCCACAGGGUUCUGAAGAUUCAAGGCGGCAACCCGAGUGAGAAUUUGUACAGUGCUCCCUCCAAAGACCAUGUGGUUGCCUGCAGCCAUUCUAUGACGAAAACAUUUUGUACUAAAUCCAUGGAUAAGAGUCACGAGGACCAGGAGAGUCACCACAAAGGUAAUAUUUCUGGUCAGAAUGUCAACUACUUCGCUCCUUCUUCCAACCCCAGCAGGGCCGGCGUCCAUUUAAACAAACUUAGUUCAUCUUCACAUCUGUCGUUCGGCCGAAGUAAAACAGCCUCCGAAAAACAAGAUGACACCACUGUGACAUACAAAAACUUCUCUGCCCUGCCGAGACCUUUCUUCUUCCCUAAUAAAGACGGUUAUUCAUCCCCACAGGAGAGGUCCUCCAAACACGACAAACCCAAUUUGCUGGGGUCGGACAAGAACCAGUCGUGUUACCCUCAGCCGGAUCCGUUUGAUUUCAGCUUUGCCUCUUCACUUUCUCCAAUUCCACAUCACAGCAGUCCUCAAUUACUCCACAGCAGCCCACCUGGCACGCCGGCGGCAGCAAACAAGACCCACCCCAUGGCCUCCUUCCCUUACGGCCCACAAGGACCCCCUUAUGUACUGAACUUCAGCGGCGACCACUCGUUGACGCUGGGCCUCAGGGACGGGCCAGAAUGUUACUCAGGACUCUGCCCGACGAACUACACCUACCACUGCCUGAUGGAACCAUCGGGCACGCAGGGGCGGCUGGUCCUGGAGCCAUGCGGUUCUCAGUCCUCCAUCCCGCCCUCAUUUUCUGUGGGUGGUUUCUCGGGACACAAAGGGGGUCUGGAGGAACACUUUAAGAAGGACACCCAUCACCAGAACCAGCCAGGUGACCAUCAGGACAUACCGCACUAUGGACCAACCUCUCACUCCAUGGGGUCUAACAAGCCGAAGCGUGUUAGGCUGGUGGUGACGGAUGGAACCGUGGACUUGGACCUCCAAUACUCCGACUGAGCCACAGGAAUAUGCCCAGAGGUUUUUAUACAACUAUUUUGAGGGACUCUUGCGUUUUUCGUCAUUAUAAUGAGCCAUGAAAAGACAUUCAUAUGAUGACCAAAUUGAUGAUUAAUUGUGUUGGUGACCAUUCUUUGGAAGUCGCAGAUGGCGACUUAGCCUCACCACGGUGUAUGGAGGCAUGCUACUGGUGUGCUGGGUUUGUAACGGGCAGCUUCGUGCCUCGGUCUUUCCUAUUAGAUUUUUUGAAACCUGCCUUUUAUACCCACAAUAUUCUUUCUCAGUUUGUACACGUGCAAGUGUUUUCUUUCGUAGUUUAUAGGUUGCCACUGGCCACUGUGUACCAUCAAGUCUCAUUGUGGACGCUCAGAACUUUGUCACCUAAACACGACCUAAAAUUCAAGUCAGAUUCAGUCAGAGUCCAAACAAUGUGGUAACAACAUCUGUAACAAGGUAUCAGUAGCUCUUUUCACACUGUAAGACUUUCGCAUAUCACUGCACUGUGUGAAAGGUACAGGUUGUGAGAGGGGGGUUAAGUUGCCCUCCAAAAUGUUCCCUGCUGUAUUGGACGAAAAUAUGUAGUCAGAAGUUGUGAUAAGGGUGUGAAGUAUCAUAACAGAAUCUAGUUUCUGUGACCCAAUUGAGUUCAAAGGAAUUCGCUUUGUGAAAUAUCACUCGUCCAACACAGAACAUGGAAUAGCUGAUACCAGGGUGCCAAAGUGACUGUUGAGUUAAAUUUUACAGUCUGUCUUGGCUUUCUGUGAUACCCUUUCACACAAUCGCCACUCUGUCUUAAGAAUUUAAUUUUACAACACUCAGUUUGGGAGAUCAGACUUCCAACUUGGUAUCAUGGGCUGCUUGUGGGAAAAGGAAUAUAUUAAUUUGCCACGGGGGUUUCCAAGCUUGUUUUGGUGAAAGCAAUCAUUGCUGUUUGACUAGUUUAUACAUCACACCAGAGAGUAAAUUUUAAAUCUCACACCUCUUGUCACAAUUUUAUGCAACCUGUUUUUCUUUUUUCAUAGCUUCUACCCCGCCUCUAGCACCUUUCACAUCAGUUUCACAACAAAGCUGUCUUUCAAAGGUUUUGCAAGCUUUUUGACACAGGAGCAUAGACAUCCAACUCCAGUAAGUUCCGAUGCAAAAGGUGCUUUGGUUCAGUUUCUUACGCACCCGUUUUUGAGCACUGCGUGAAAGGUCGUGAUAAGAGACAACAGUGGUAAAUUGUUCCUUUUUUAACUUACUACACAACACUUAACCAUGAUCACCUUUUUGUUUACUUUUUUUUUUUUAGGAGAAUUGUAAUGAAUUUAAAACACUUUGGAGGGUCCUUUGUCAUCCACAGGAAAGCAAAUUACUUUUGAGCAACAAACAGUGACAAUCUUUCCACUUGUUUGUCGUUAUCUUUUAAAACAUCCAUUACUUGUCGCCUGUCUUAUCAUUGUCAAAAUUGUCAUGUUUCCAUGGCAGCCUUACAUCUCAAUGUAUUGUGUAUUUAUUUUUAAGCUCCUUGGCCUUCUUCUGGUCCCUGUUUUGAAACUAAAUGGUGCUUGAACCUAAUUUAUACUUCACCUCGAUUGUUGAUAGGAGUAAAAGUUUUACGGUUAUUUAAUGGGGUAAAAACCUUACGGAGUUUAAUGUGUGUGCGCGCGUGUGUGUGUGUGUGUGUGUGUGUGUGUAUAUAUAUAUAUAUA